AUGAGGCAGAGGAGGUGGAUGGAGUUCCUGAAGGAUUACGACUUCGAGCUCUUAUAUCACUCGGGGAAGGCAAAUGUGGUGGCAGAUGCUUUGAGUAGGAAGACGGUACAUACGGCACAUCUAAUGAUAAAAGAGGUAGAACUACUAGAGGAGGAGAGGCAGUUGUUGGAUGCUAGUCUGGACAGGGUUAGAGAACAACUUGGAUCAGAGGAAGCUAGAGACUUUGCUUUGAGUGAUGAUGGCAUACUGAGGUUUCGGGGCAGAGUAUGUAUACCCGAUGAUGCGGAGGGAAUGAAGAAGGAUGUGGCACAGUUUGUAUCAGCUUGUCUGACUUGUCAGAAGGCGAAGGUGGAACACCAGAGACCCGGGGGAAUCCUACAGCCUUUGGAAAUACUACUGAGGAAGUAUGUAUUCGAUUUGGCCCAUGUGUUGGAAGCGGAGGAUAUACAGAUCAGGGAAGACCUCACCGUGGAAGUACUACCCAUAGCUCUUGAGGAUAGCAAGGAGAACAGUGGCGAGGCCUGUUACUCUCGCCCAAGCGAGCCAGUCUCGCCUAGGUGA